CGCGUUCCCUGCGCCUCGUCGUCGUCAAUCCUCAGCCUCGCAUCCGCCAUCUCGCACCCCGCACCCCCUGCCCGGCUGGCGGCUGCCCCACCGUCGCCGCUUGGUGGGGAGCCGGCUGGAUUGGCCGCUGAACCUCUCACACUCGGAUCCCAGUUUUGGCAGCAGCAGAUUCGUUGGCAACGGGUGGUCGGGUUCGGUCAACUCCGCCACCUGCUGGCGCUUGGCAGCAGGUAUCCGUUAUUUGGGGGGCAGCCCGAUGCAUUUUCGUAAUUUUUUUGGUCCGUCUUUAUUGCUUAUCUUGAUCCAAGCUUGUCUCGGCAUCAGUGUUGCCAAACACAAGAUCGAGACGUUUACUAACCAGCUGUGCCCGAUCUGCAUCCAGCAUUCGCAGUUCGCACUACCUCUGCAGAUCUCGCCAGGUCCACACAAGCGAGUAGAGCAAUGGAGGCCACUGCGGUGAGCGUGGGCAAGGCCGUACUCGAUGGAGCUCUGGGAUAUGCUAAGUCCAUCGUUGCAGAGGAGAUCGCCCUGCAGCUUGGCAUCGAGCGCGACGUGAUAUUCAUUGGAGACGAGCUCGAGAUGAUGCGGUCCUUCCUGCUCACUGCCGACGAAGAGCACGACAAGCACAAGGUGCUCCUGACCUGGGUGAACCAGGUCCGCGAGCUGGCCUACAAUGUGGAGGACAGCCUCAUGGACUUCGCCCUACAAUCUGAGAAGAAGCCGUUCUGCUGGUGCAUCCCUCGCAAUCUUUGGCAGCGCCGCAGCAUUGCCAAGGAAGUGAAGGAGCUUAGGACUAGGGUGGAGGAUGUGAGCAACAGGAACUUGCGCUACCGCCUUAUCAAGGGCUCUAGCUCAACGAAUGCCGCUGUUGAGGUGCAGGGCAGCGUGUCCAGUGCAUCAUUGUUCCAAAUUAAUGAAGCAAGGUGGGCAGCCCAGGAGCAGGAGACACUAAAGAUGAGUCUCCACCAGCUGAUCACAAGUGAUGAUACGGACCUCAGGGUAUUCGCCGUGUGGGGAACAGGUGGUGAUCUUGGGAAGACGUCCACAAUCAGGGAGGCCUAUGACCAUCAAGAUAUAUAUGAAAAAUUUGGCUGCCGUGCCUGGGUGAAGCUAACAACUCCUUUCCUCCAAAACAAAUUUUUCCACGAUUUGUUAAGGCAGUUCUAUGUGUAUUCUCGUGAAGUAACUGGAAAAUCAAACCAAGGAAAUGCUUCAGGUUAUAAUGUUCUCAAGGAGUUAGAGAAGAUGGAGCGGAGUCAUAUUGUUGAUCAGGUUUCAGCCCAUGUGAAUGAGAAAAGGUAUCUGGUAGUCAUUGAAGGUCUAUCCACCAUUGUUGAGUGGGAUUGCAUUAAAACAUAUUUCCCUGACAAGAAGAAUGGGAGCCGUAUCAUUGUAUCCACGCAGCAUGUUGAAAUUGGUAGCUUGUGCACGGAGCAGCCGUACCAAGUAACAGAGCUCAAGGAAUUGUCUCCCAAUCAUUCUAUCUACCUCUUCCAUAACAGGGUUGAGCCCAGGUCCCGGAAUGCCAUGAGUAUUGAUGGGAUAAACUCAACGAUGCAAUCCAGCUCCAGUGAAAUACAGGCCGACGCUCAACAGAUUGGUGAAGGUGGUGAUAGCAUUGAAAGCAAGCUUGACCGCAGCAAGACAAUGGUAGUCAUUGAUGAAGACUUUGUCGGACGAACAAAUGAUAAGACUCAACUUAUUAAUUUAAUUCUUCAAACAGAAGAUGGACAUACCUGCAAGGUUAUCUCAGUGUGGGGAAUGGGAGGUGUUGGGAAGACCAGUCUUGUUCAAAGUGUCUACCGAAGCCAAGAACUUGGCAGCUUGAAGCAUGCCUGGGUCACUGCAGUGCGCCCUUUCAACUACGAAUCCAUCAUUAGAAACCUUGUUUGGCAACUACAGAAAGAUAUUCAAGAAGAUCCUGCUGAAGCAAGUCAAAAGAAGAGGGAAAUUCAACCUGGAAAAACGAUGGAGCAAGAGCUCGCUAAAAAAACGAUGGAGCAAGAGCUCGCUCACCUUCUUCAAACACAGAAGUGCCUCAUUGUUAUUGAUGAUCUAUCAUCCAUUGAAGAAUGGAACUUAAUCAAAGAACACUUGGCAAAAGCUACACGUAUCAUUGUCACCUCCAGGGAAAAAUAUGUCGCCAAGUACUGUUCCAGGGAAGACAUGAACAUAUACGGCCUUCAAAGUCUGGAAUAUGCUGCUGCAUUUGACCUCUUUAAAAGGAAGGAAUGCUGGACUUCCAACUACAUGUACACUGCAGUGAAGACUGAAGAUGUAUUCAAGGACAGCAGUGAGAAAAUUGAGUUAAGCCCUGACAUGAUGGAACAAGCAAGACUUAUCCUAAAGAAGUGCAAUGGACUUCCCCUUGCAAUAUCAACAAUAGGGGCUUUCCUAGCUACUAGGCACAAAAGUUCUAUUGAAUGGAGAAAGACAAAUGACCGUAUUAGCACUGAGUUGGAGAUAAAUCCAGAACUGAGGACAAUAAAAACAGUCCUUGUAAGGAGUUACGAUGGUUUACCCUAUCACCUGAAGUCAUGUUUCUUGUACCUAUCCAUAUUUCCAGAAGAUUACAACAUCAGGCGAAAACGUGUGAUCAGGCGGUGGGAUGCAGAGGGUUAUUUGAGGGAGAUGCAUGGCAUGACUGCAGCAGAAGUUGGUGAUGAGUACUUUGAUGGGCUUUUGGAUAGGAGCAUGAUCCUUCAGGGAGGGAAGGUGAUUAUUUCUGGUUCAAAGGUUGAUUCUUGUCAACUCCAUGAUAUAAUGCGUCACAUAUGCAUCUCAAAGGCGAGGGAGGAAAAUCUUAUUUUCACACUGGAUGAAGGAUGCAUUUUGGGCAAAAUGACGGGUGCAAUCCGUCACCUUGUCAUAAGCAGCAGCUGGAAAAGAGAUAAGGAUAUGUUCCAGAGAUGGCUUGACUUGUCUCAUGUGAGGUCAUUGACUGUGUUUGGAGAAUGGAAAUCGUUUUUCCUUUAUAGUAAGAUGAAGUUCCUUCGAGUGCUUGAUUUUGAAGACACUUUAGGGCUACAGAAUCAUCAUCUUGAUAAAAUUAUGGAGCUCAUUCACUUGAAGUAUCUUUCCCUACGGCGAUGUAAGAGUAUUUCCAAACUGCCUAAUUCUCUGGGUAAUUUGAGUCACCUAGAAACACUGGAUGUUAGAGGUACACUUAUACUGAAAUUCCCAACCACUAUCACAAAGCUUUGGAAGCUACAACACCUUCUUGCAGUUCAUGCUGAUCCAAGUGGGAAAUUGAAGGGCCUGCGCACACUGUGUGAUGUUUAUGUUAACGAUACAAAUUUAAGUGCCACCUUAAUGGAGCUCAAACAACUUACUCAGCUAUGCAAGUUGCGACUAGUUUGUUGUACUCGCAAUGAGAAAGCUGGUGAGAAGCUGUGGUCUGCAAUUGAUGGUCACAGGCAUUUACAAUCUUUCUCCCUGAAAUUCUAUGGAUGUAAUUUGGAGUCUCAAUUGGGUGGGACAUUGUCACCUCCAAAAAGCAUAGAUAGCCUCAAGCUGUGUGCCCGACUAGUUCAAGUAUCACAAUGGAUCCAUAAGCUUCAGAAUCUAUCGAAGUUACAGCUACGGGGCACUGAUCUGAAUCAGGAUGGCAUACAUGCCCUUGGGAAACUGCCAAAUCUUGCAGUCUUGCAUAUGUGGUGGAACUCGGUCCAACAGAAACAGCUACAAUUCAUUCAGUUUUUUUUCCCUAGUCUGAUCCUUCUAGAUCUCCGUGACCUACAUGAACUCGAAUACGUGAAGUUUGAAGAUGGAACAAUGCCUAAACUUGAACUGCUACAAGUUUCUGGCAAAUGGAGCAAACUACAGGAGUUCUCUGGGCUACAAUAUCUGAUGAAGCUAAAGGAAAUUCAUGUGAACGGUGAAUUUAGGCUGACCAUGGACAAUGCAGAGAACCUCCUAGUGGACUGUCCUAACCACGUCAGUUUGAAGCUGAUGGAGACCAAGUCUUGAUUUGACAACUAAUGCGUCUUGGCAGGAUUAACAAAAUACCCAACUCUAAGACGUGUCAGUUCAAGCCUUCAAGUGUCACUGUUCACAUAAUGGCAUUUGAAAUUUUGCUAGCCUUCAACUGCAGGUUGUUUGUUGCAGCGCUGGAGCAAUUUUACCUUGGCGGGACCCUGUCUUGACUCUGCCCGUGAUGCAUUUGGUCAAGCCACCGCAAUCGAGAGCCUGGGUGCUGCUGUGCUACUAUCUGAACCAAUCACAGUGGUUAGUUUAACACAGAAGGCAACCAAGGAAUAUGGGAUGCGCGAUGCCUCUGUCUCUUCUUUCAGAUUGAAAGGAAUACAGGACAUCAUGAAUGUUGUACAGCUAAUCGAUGCAAUCUCGUUGGGAAAAAAAACUGUUAUUGUUUUUAUUUCUUUCUCUCAAAUUUGAUUAAAUAUUUUAGGACUUUGUAUCAAUGUUAUUUAUAUUUAAGUGAACUUAUUUAUUUGUAGCAAAAGUUAGUCCAAUUGAUUUAUAGUUUUGGCCACCCUAGGCUACAUUAUAUUAGUGUGACUUUGCAUUAUUUAAUAGUAGUGAUGUACAGGUAACAGAAGACAAUUAUAUUUUGCGUAACUAUUCACAAAUGAUUAACCGGA